AUGCUAGUUGGUGGAACCGACGGAAGUGGGAAGGCCUUCAUCUUGCAUUAUCCAGCAGAUACAUCAAGUGUGGGCGAUUCAGAGCAUGUGGGAAAGGCUACUGUGUGUAGAGCCGUUCGUACAGUGUGUCUGGCACUUAAACAGUUGUUACCCACGUUUGUACAGUUCCCUGGCCAUAAACCUCUGCUUGUUAUUAAAGACGAAUUCCACAGAGUGGCAGGGUUUCCAAAUGUAAUUGGGUGCAUUGAUGGCACUCACAUUCCUAUUAAAGCUCCAUCAAUAAAUGAGGGAGACUAUGUUAAUAGGAAAUCUAUUCAUAGUAUCAAUGUGCAGGUAAUAUGUGAGGCAACCCAAAUCAUCACCAAUGUCGAGGCAAAAUGGCCAGGAUCUGUGCAUGAUGCCAGAAUUUUCUGCGAGUCAUCAUUAUGCCAGACAUUUCAGCAGGGACAGUACAAUGGUUACUUGCUGGGGGACAGAGGAUACCCUUGUCUGCCCUAUUUAAUGACACCCUACCCUGAACCUGACCCUGGACCACAGACACGGUUUAACCUGGCUCACAGCCGAACACGGGCCAAGGUGGAGAUGACUAUAGGGAUCCUCAAAUCUCGGUUUCAGUGUCUGCGUGGGCUCCGGGUUAGUCCAGAGAGGGCAUGCGACAUUAUUGUGGCUUGUGUUGUGCUUCACAAUAUUGCCACUAUAAGAGGAGAGAGCCACCCUCCUUGUAUUGAGGAAGAUGGCCCAGAGGAACACCGACAGAUUUUAGAGGCCAACAGAGACGGAAGACUUUUGAGAGACAGGAUUUGUCAAAAUUACUUUUAUUUGUUUUUUUUGCACUGGUCUGCCAGGCAGUUUAUUUCUUAA